AUGACCACCGCAGUUCCUAACGACCAGGCCACCGACCUGAGCAAGCAAUAUGACACUCCUCUCGGUCUCGCCCACUCCACCAUGCAAGCUCUCAAGGACAGGAUCAAGCUCCACUAUGACUUGGCCAGUGACUACUACCUGAGUUUGUGGGGCGAGCACAUCCACCACGGGUACUGGCCAACUCCAGAAUCCCAGGAAACGCAGACGAAAGAACAGGCGCAGAUAAAUCUCAUUCGAUUACUACUCGAAACCUCAGAGCUUCCGUCCAACACGACCGUUCUCGACGUAGGAUGUGGCAUCGGCGGGACGUCUCGCUAUCUAGCCUCUGAGCAUGGCUGCUCUGUCACCGGCAUCACCAUCUCGCCCAAGCAAGUCGAGAUCGCAAACCGGCUCACCAAAGCCACAAAUGAAGAACAUUCACAGGCAGGCUUGAGUAAGAGCCCAGAUGACGGUGGCUUCACCCAACUGGGUACCGGAAAGGUCCGGUUUCUCGAGCUGGAUGCCGAAAAGAUGGGCGACUUCUUUGACGACCAGCAAGGAUCCUUUGACGCUGUGUGGAUAAGUGAAGCGCUAAGUCAUUUCCCAAACAAAGCCUUGUUCUUUGAGAAUGCGAAAAAGGUCCUCAAACCGGGAGGUAAGCUGGUGUUGGCGGACUGGUUCAAAGCCGAGGACCUAGACGAGGCGGCCUUUGUCAACGACAUCAAGCCCAUUGAAGAUGGCAUGCUUCUUCCCCCACUCUGUACCCAGCAAGGCUAUAUCGAUUUUGCGAACCAGGCAGGGCUCGACAUCUUCUCUGGUCCAAACGAUAUCAGCCAAGAGGUCCGAAAGACAUGGGACAUUACCUGGUCACUUGUCCAAAAUCCAUCGCUUUGGGCAUUCGCCUUCACACAGGGCCGUGAUGGCAUCGCUUUCUUGCAGUCAUUUCGCGCCAUGAGACGUGGAUAUGCGAAUGGGACUUUUCGGUACGCUGUCAUGGCAUUUGUCAAAGGGGCAGAUAUUUAG